CAAAUCGCAUCGACGGUCGCGGCCAUUCGGAAAAGGAUUCGCGGUUCGAAUCGCGUCGAAUUUACCCCGUUAUCGGAGCGCCGUAUCGUUAAGCGCGCGUGUUAUCGGUUCCGCUGGACGCAUCGUGGCCGAAAGUGGUAUCGGUUCCCGGGGGAAGUGCUCGGUUCGAGGUGAAAAUCGCCUGCAAAGUGGUGUGAAUUUUGGAAUUUGGAUUCUGGUCGACAUUUCGGCCACGGCCAGUGGUGUUGGUGUGACGUGAAACAUUUCACCGCGCGUGUCGUGAAACAUUUCGCGCCUUCCUUUUUGACAGCUCCGCGAAAGCAACAACAAUCACGCGAGGCAGGAUUGUCAUCAGCCUCGUCGUCCACAGUUCGGAAGAGGAAUAAAUUUUUAUUAUUUUUUUUUUGUUCUUGUGGCUUCGGAGUUUCGGAAAUUUGCCAGUUUCGGGACGCGGCUGGCACGCUUAAUUCGGUCACAAUUUCGAAACGCAAGCGAGACUCGUUGGGUGCCGGAGGUGGUGGUGGUGGAGGUGGAGGAACUGGAAGUCGGGACCUUCCCGGAAAGAGACUGAAACCAGGUGCAGGAUCUAGCAGCUUGGAAGAGCACCAGCUGACGACGUCGGCGGCCAUGAAUCUGGCCGAGAACGACCGGAAGAGGGCCAACUUUUCCGCCCUCAGCAACACGAACGGAGCGGUGAUCAAGAUGACCACCAACACCGGAACCGGGAAGCCCGGGGACAUUAAGAAGAUUGUCAUCAAAAACUUCAAAACCAAGCCCACACUACCGGAGAACUACCAGGAGACGACAUGGCAGAAGCUGCGCGAAGCGGUCAUCGCCAUCCAGCUGUCGAAACGGAUCGAGUACUCGCUCGAGGAGCUGUACCAAGCGGUGGAGAACAUGUGCUCGCACAAGAUGGACUCGCAGCUGUACGUGAAUCUGACGGCGCUCGCGGAGCAGCACGUCAAGGCCAACAUUACGCCGUUCAUGGCCGAGUCCAUCGACAAGCUGGUCUACCUGAAGAAGAUGAACGACUGCUGGCAGUCGCACUGUCAGCAGAUGAUUAUGAUUCGCAGCAUCUUCCUGUAUCUGGACCGGACGUACGUGCUGCAGAAUCCGACCGUCCACUCGAUCUGGGACAUGGGGCUGGAGCUGUUCCGGGAUCACAUAGCGAUGAACACGCUCGUGCAGGCACGCACCGUUGAGGGGAUUCUGAUUCUGAUCGAAAAGGAACGGAAUGGGGAUGCCGUCGAUCGGGCACUGCUCAAGAGUUUGCUCCGGAUGUUGUCCGAUUUGCAGAUUUACAAGGAAGCGUUCGAGCAAAAGUUCCUGGUCGCGACGAAGCAUCUGUACCAGUCGGAGGGGCAGGCCAAGAUGGAAGUGCUCGAAGUUCCGGAGUAUCUGCUGCACGUGGAUAAGCGUUUGCAGGAGGAAAAUGAACGUCUGCUGCACUAUUUGGACAGUUGCACGAAGCACCAGCUGAUUGUGACGGUCGAGCGGCAACUCAUCACCGAGCACAUUACCGGCAUCCUGCAGAAGGGCCUCGAUCAGCUGUUAGAAGAGAACCGCCUGACCGAUCUGUCCCUGCUCUAUUCGCUGUUUAGCCGGGUCAAAAACGGAACCAUCGAGCUGUGCGCGUCGUUCAACGCGUACAUCAAGAAGAAAGGUCGCACCAUCGUCAUCGACCCGGAGAAGGACAAGUCCAUGGUGCAGGACCUGCUGGACUUUAAGGACAAACUGGACAAUAUCGUGACCAAGUGCUUCGACAAGAACGAAAAGUUCUCCAACUCGCUGCGCGAAGCGUUCGAGUUCUUCGUCAACCAGCGGUCCAACAAGCCGGCCGAGCUGAUCGCCAAGUACGUGGACAUGAAGCUGCGCGCCGGCAACAAGGAAGCCACCGAGGAGGAGCUCGAGCAGAUCCUGGACAAGAUCAUGGUCCAGUUCCGGUUCAUCCACGGCAAGGACGUGUUCGAGGCGUUCUACAAGAAGGACCUCGCCAAGCGGCUGCUCGUCGGCAAGUCGGCCUCCGUUGACGCCGAGAAGAGUAUGCUGUCGAAGCUGAAGCAGGAGUGCGGCGGCGGCUUCACCUCCAAGCUCGAGGGCAUGUUCAAGGACAUGGAGCUCAGCAGGGACAUUAACAUUGCGUUCCGGCAGUACAUGGCCAACUCGGAGGGCAAGGAGCUGCAGAACAUCGACCUCACCGUCAACAUCCUGACGAUGGGCUUCUGGCCGACGUACCCGGUGAUGGAGGUGACGCUGCCCCAGGAGCUGCUCCAGUACCAGUCCAUCUUCAACAAGUUCUACCUGGCGAAGCACAGCGGCCGGAAGCUCCAGUGGCAGCCCACGCUCGGCCAUUGCGUGCUGAAGGCGCGCUUCGAUGCUGGCCCGAAAGACCUGCAGGUUUCACUGUUCCAAGCGCUGGUGCUGCUGCUGUUCAACUACAGUCCGACCAUUACGUUCGAGGAGAUUAAGGCUGCGAUAAACAUUGAGGACGGCGAGCUGCGCCGUACGCUGCAGUCGCUGGCCUGCGGCAAGGCCCGCGUCGUCUCCAAGAUCCCGAAGGGGCGCGAGGUCGAAGACAAUGACAAGUUCCAGUUCAACAAUGAAUUUACGAAUAAGCUCUUUAGGAUUAAGAUCAACCAGAUCCAGAUGAAGGAAACGACGGAAGAGCAGAAAGCCACGGAGGAACGCGUCUACCAGGACCGGCAGUACCAGAUCGACGCCGCGAUCGUGCGCAUCAUGAAGAUGCGGAAAACGCUCAGCCACAAUCUGCUCAUCAGCGAGCUCUACAAGCAGCUGACGUUCCCUGUAAAGCCGGCUGACUUGAAGAAACGGAUCGAAUCGCUCAUCGAUCGGGACUACAUGGAGCGGGACAAGGACAACCAGAAUCAAUACAACUACGUCGCCUAAGCGGGAGAAAGCAACCGCAGAAAUGGCAGCCAGCAGUCCCCUUUUGCUCCGUGCGAGUGUGUGCGCGGUGGGUGUGAAUGUAAUCGAUCGCCGUGUGCUCAACAACAAAUGCAAAUGUUUAAUUGAAAAUAUUAAAGCAAGUCAAACGCGAGAACAAACACACACACACACGCUGCAAAUUUAUAUUAGAUAGAAAACGAGGUUUGGAGAGGAGGGGUAAAGGAAACGCGAUAUUAGAGUUCACUCCUUUCUUUUUUCUAUACAAAAAAAAGCAACAAAAUUUACUAAGUAGAAGCGGAAACAAGUACUAUUGCUACUGAAUGAUGAUGAUGAUAAUACUACUACAAGCUACGAUAAGUAAAAUCAUAAAAAGAAGAAAAAUAACUAAAUUAAGUGUGUGAGUGGGUGUGAUACUGUUGAGCGAAAGUGUGUGAGAAUGUGCGGGGGUAGAUAUGCUUGUGUGUUAUUUUUAAUCUGUAGUAAUUUGAGGUAAUGCAAAAUAACAAAAAUAAAGAAAAACUGUGACAGCCAAACUGUGUGGGAACAGUGCCGGAAGUCAUCAAACAUAA